AUGGGUUGUACUAACUCUGUACACGCACUUGGCAAGAAGAAGAAGAAGACAAGUAUCCCUGAAGUGGUGGUUUUUGUUCCCUCCAUCCGAUUCCCCCUCCAAUCUGAUCUUCAUAGGGCGCUCAAAGGGCUAGUUCCGGGGGAUCUUGCUGACAAGUUCUCUUCCCUUCGGAAUCAGAUAGUGCUAGUGGCUGAGGACACUGGGGGAUCUGCCAUAGCAGAACUGCGGAGAGCUCUGAAUGAAUACUUGGCCGUUCUUGUUGGGCUUACUAAGAAAGAGUAUGGUCUCGAGGGAUUAAUAAAAUUCAAGUGGAAAAAUUUCCAGGAUGGGCGACAAGUAUGGCUCUGUGUAGCAAAUGCCUGGUUUGAGGUGCUUUCCAUAGUUCAUCUUAUGGCUAUGCUUACACUGUCAGAAGCUGACUCGUUAUUGAUUCCGAAGGACCAUUCAGGAUCCGGAAUAAGGGUUGUAUCUUCAGAUAGCAAGAGGGAAGCAGUGGAUUUGUUACUGAAGGCAUCAGGAUACCUGCAGUUCUGUGUCAGGGAUCUUCUCACUCGAAUACCACUUGAAAUUAAGAAAAUUUUACCCCACGGUUUGCAGGAUGGUGUAUUAGAGGCUUUAUACAUUCAAGCACUUGGCCAGGGAACAGAAAUUCAGCUUGGCCUUGCUGUUGAAUGUCAGAACGCAACUUUGUCGGUGAAGAGAAGGUUGGCAUGUGAACAACUGAUUUAUUUUAGUCAGGCUUAUCAGUGCUUGUUGGAAUGUGGCUUCAACCAAGAUUAUGGAAAAAAGCAUCUCCGGUUCAUCAAAUGGAAAUUCCUUGAAGCCAAGGCUGCAGCCUACUACUACCAUGGCCUGAUUCUCGACAAGGAUAAUGAACCGAGCAAUCCCGUUGGUGCUGUGUCUUGUUUUCUUGCUGCAGAAGAACUUCUAGCUGAGAGCAGGAAGGCCCGCUUAAGCUUUUGUGUUGCAGCUCCAGUGACCAGGGCUGCUCCCCUCUGGGGUGCUAUGAAACAUUUACAGCAGAAAAUUCCUGAAGUUGCAUCGAGGAAGUCUCAGAUGUAUGGCUACCUCUUGGAACAAGAGAAGGGUCUCCAAGAAUUGCCUGAGCUACCUGAUUUUCAACUGUCAUUGAGUCCAGAUGACUAUGAGCUGCCUGAAAUAGAUGCAGUAUGGGAUAGUGAAGGCUGGGAAAGUCUAGGACAACCUUUGAAAGAACAUCUUAAAGAUAGCGAAGAAGAUGAGGUUGAAGCCGAAAUUAAUGAUUUUGAGAGGAAUUAGAGACACAGAUUGUGAACUGCCACGGAAAUCUCCAGUUCGAUGGUUGGUUCAGAAGCUUACCAUAAAAUUGUGGAACGCCUCACUAGAGAUAAAGUUGAUACAUCAAGCACGAAUGAGUUCCUCAAACAAUUUGUCAAUUAAAUUUGGUCAUACUCACCAAUGAUCCAAAAAUGAGUCUCGUUUGCCAAAAUUCUUAAUCAGUCUCACUCAUGAUGAUUCGUUCAAGGUUUAAGAAAUACGCAGCACGUUAAAGUAGGCAACCGGAGCUUUGAAGAACGAGACCA